AUAAAGUACGCAUGCGCAGUUGUACUUAACAGUAUUUUCUUUUUCCUUCUCCUCUGUGUUGUGGUUCGUUUUCAGAUUUACUCAGAAACAGAGAUGACGGCGGUCAAAGGUUGGGUUGUAUUUGUGCUUGUGGUUUCACUUUGUAAUGCGGAGACUCCUGGAAGGCCGCUGAGCACGGAAAAUAUCCUGAUAAACGUGACGGCAGACACAGAACUGCAGGAGUCAAAAAACUUACAGAUCAGCUUUAAUGUUUCAGUGGGAGAAGAACAGAUUCUGGUUAAUGACUUCCCGGUGGAGCUGUCGGGAGUCACCAGGUUUCCCUGUCAAGCUCUUAUUUUGAAUAGCAUCAAUGGAAGCAGAGAGUUUGAGUCUGGAGACUUGGUUUCCACGGUAACCAGAGUGAUGGUGAGCCAAAACCGGCUCUACAGCGACUUGGAGGAGGUGCUGGCUCUGCAGCUCUUCAGCGAAGUGAUAGAACUGGAGGGAAAAGAGGUCCAGCAGCCGGACAUGUGUGAGGUGAAAAUCCUGAUGAGUCCAGACUUCCAGAAGCUGGGUCAGUUCACCAACGUCUACCCCAUCGGACACAGCGACAUCUUCAAGUUUCCACGAGAGAACGACGUGGUCGUCACCGACCCGCCGAGUUCUAGGAGGGAUGAAGAGCAGCUCAUGACCCACACCACCAGCCAGUACCCCCACACGGAGAAGCAGGCCGACACCACCCAGGAGGAGGUGGCGGCUCCAGGAAAGCUCCCAGAGACCCCCCUGCGAAUGGACCCCCUCCUGCUGUACAAUGACGGGUACGAAUACACGGACGACAGGGACCAGAGCCGCUCGGAUCAGAACCAGAGUGAAGCGUCGUCGUCGUACUCGGCCAUGUGUCGCUGGGUGGAGGAGAUGAGGGAGCGUCUGCGCGUCUUCUGCUUCAAGUCGCUGCCGGUUUUCUUCCUGGUGAUGGGCGUGGUUGUGAUCGGCGUCGUGGGAUCAGGAUUCAUCGUCAAGAUCCUAGAUUUGUUCUUCCCGGCGUGUGACCACAAGCACAUUUUGCACCUCAACCCCAUCACUCUGAUGCCCGAGGAGGAGAAGCAGAACCUUCUGGAAAUCCUAGAACCAGAGCAGGAAGAGAAGGAACCUUGAGCUUCACGUCGGCCAGCUCCCUCUCUCUCUGACCUGACUCGUUUCGACAGUUUUGUAGCGCCGGCUCUGCUCCACGAUCCCACCGGAUCGGCCCUGAUCCCAGCUGAUCAGCCUGUUUGACUCUUCAGCCCUCAAACAGGAGCAGUUGUCAUGAGAACCCCCAAAUUCAGCCUCACAUUGAGCCCCCCAAAGGAGGACGAAGACUAACGGCGCUCCCUCCACACGCAGUCAUUUUUUUUUUCACUAUAAAGUUAAAGUAGGCGAUCUCCUGCAUCCUUUAAAACACUAAUUCUGAAUGUCAGUUCCUUCAGAUUUGCAUAAAGAGUGAAGCGAGUUUGCAUGUUUGCUCUGGUCUGUAAACCGAACAUAAACUUUAAGACUUUCAGGACCUGAGUGGUUGUAUGAACUCUUUUUUUUUUUUUUUUUGUCUGUUUUUUCUAAAGAAGUUGCAGCAGAAAUCUGCAAAUGAAAACAAAACAAAAGCAUGUUUCCUAAAAGGUGCAAGUUAGAUUUCAACUGAUGCACUAAGAGAACUAGUAGCUGUUCUUUCUGAUGCAGACCGUCUCUCUGGAUGUUUGUUACAGAGCUGCUGCUGUUUGUUUAUCCUCUGCAUGGCUCACCUUUCUUUUUCUAGACGUCACUUCAAACUGCGGAACGGUUGAGGUUCUUCCUGUUUGAUGAGGCAGGCGGCCGGCUCUGAUUCUGCUGCCGGUGGCGCUCCGUGCCGGUCGUGUGACCGUCAGAAGGAAAGUACAUUCAGGUGGACUUCAGCGUGCACAAGGGUGGAACCAGGAGGUUCCUGAUCUGAGCAGAACCAGCCAGGAAAUGGGUUUUAUGAGCAAAAUGGUGUGAAAGUGAUGCUUAAACGGGACGUUAAACAUGCUGUUUAAUGGUUUGUGUUUUUAGCUGUGUGAAGUUCAAAUGAACGGCGUUUCAGUUUGAUUUUGCUCUAAAUAAAAUGUUUCUUCACAA